UUCAAAAUGGCGGUAUCAACAAAAUAGAACUUCGGUUUCUUUUGGUUUUCUUUGAUUCAUUUAGGUUUCUAACGCCACAGUAGUCUCUCAAAAGGGGCAAUAGCCGGUAUGUAUCGGGCGUUGUACGAUUUCAAAGCGGAUGACGCGACGGCGCUUUCGUUCCGAGUGGGUCAGAGGUUCACGCUGCUGGACCGGAGCGAUGCGCACUGGUGGGAGGUGACAGACGACGCCGGGAGGGUCGGGUACGUCCCGUACAACUACAUGGAGAAAGACGAGAGUGCUGAAUCUGGGGACAUCAUCCGGUCCAUUGACAGAGGGAUUGAACAAGUUCACAUGGCUGCCAUGAACAAUGGUGGAACAUACACAGCACAGCAUAGAGAAGUCUUACAGAAGCUGAUAGCUCACAGGAAAGCCACCAUAGAUAAACAGAGCCAGGAUUAUGUACACCAGCAGAGUGUGGGGAUUCCCUCCCAGCCAGGCCGCCCUGCACCCAAGGCUCCAGUCUCCAGGGUACCAGAUUCCCCAACAAGACGUCGGUCCACAAAAAGCCACAGGGCACCACCGGCCCCAAACCAAGUCACUGUGCCACCACAGAGGACAGUCAGCAGUGAAGCAUGUAUGCAGGCACCUGACACUUCUAGCAUACAGAGACCCGCUCACAUGCAGAAAUUUGAGAUAUACCAGGACACUUCAGCAAAGGUGGCAACAGCAGACACCUCCUCACAGACUGAACGUUACCCUCUGAAGGACAAAAGUUCCCAGGAAACCUAUAAUAUACCAGAAAACAUGGGUUCAGAACUUGUAGAACUGGUCCGAGUAAAUACAGACGUGAGCUUCCAGAAGUCAAGAACAGCUGUCUCCUCCAUCUUAAACCACAUAAAGGACAAGGUGCCUGGACUAGAGAGGGCAAUGGAGGAUAUUAUGAGACAGGUCAACUCAAGUAAGUUACACACAGUGAAGUCGGGUGAUGGUAGCCAGGACAGUGAACGUCUGGAGGUUAUCUUUAGUGAGAUGAGCAGUGUGAAGGAUGACUCACAACAGAGGAGCUGGCAUCUGUAUGAGGACCAGUCUAUCAUACUGGAAUACCUGGAAGAACUCAUGUCCAUACUGGAAAAUGCCAUGCCUGCAGUGUGUAGAAAGGCAGUCCAGAAGAACAACUAUGAGGUUCUACACAACAUGGUGCAGUACUACCAGAUGGAACACAGACUGCCCAUCCGGCUGGCCCUCCUGCAGGUGUUUGCAGGCCUGUGUGGGCUGGAGAGGGAGGUGAUCUCAUGUCUGGUGUGCUCCAUCCUGCCUAUGGAACUGGCCAGAGACAUGCAGGACAGUGUGGAAGCACUGCAGAAACUCCAAUACUCAGCCCUGCUGCUCACUAUGCUGUUCUCUACUGGAGAGGCCAUACCUGUUCACCAUUAUGAACACCUGAGUGAAGAGUUUGUAAGUUUCCUGUUGUCUCAUGUGGAGGAGCCACCAGAGGGAGAUAUCCAUGAACAAGUGCCUGAUCUAUUCCUCAACCUCAUCCUGGCCUUCAACCUACACUUCUCAGACCCAAAAGAUAACCUUGUGAUGAAAGCCAUCGCCAGCAGUAGCAAUGUCAGGACAUUUAGUGAGAAAAUCAUGCUACUGGUAAACAGAGGAGAUGACCCAGUGCACAUGUUUGAUCAUGAGCCAAGGCCCCCUAACUCCCUGCUGAAGUUCCUUGCUGAUGUGUUCUCGAGUGAGGUUACCUCGGGGAUCUUCUACACUACUGACAUGAUGGUUCUGAUUGACAUCAUAGUGAGACAGGUGUCGGAUCUCCCACCUGGAGAUGAGAUCAGAACGGAGCACCUGUCCCUGUUCCACAGUAUCAUGAAGAACACGUCGUACUGCGAGCAUCGUCAUCGCCGUGACGACCUGCAGCAGUGCUUCCUGGCCAUCCAGCGGGAGGAGGAGAAGGAAGGAGAAGCAGACAAGUUCAUCGUUGGUCAGAUCUGGGCAGACUUUCCCGACAUCUUCACACGGUCAGACUUGGUCUGAUGCAGGGGUCUAGCCAGCACCCGUUUUUCCGUCAAUUGUGGGAACUUUGUGACUUGUCGCUAGAACCCUGGUCUGAUGGACACUUAGUGCUGUGUACCGGUUCACUGGACUUGGAUCCAGACUUGUAAGAAUGUUUAGGUUCAAGUCCCAUAAAACCUAAAAGUCAAGAACCUAGUCCGGACUUAUUACCAUAAAAGACCAUUUCACAUACCC